UCUGCGUACGUGCCAUGGCUCUUAGAUUUAGCUCCCGCAGUGGGUGAAACCCGCCCCAGAUUAUUGCCAUUACUAUUACUGAGCGCUAACAUAUUACGGCAAAGUUCAACCUUAAAAGCCCUUCCAAGCCUAUGCAGUUGCCAUACUCAUUUUCGAACUUUUGACAUCCACAACAUAGCUCCAACUCAUAACAUUCGACUAAGUCUACUUCAUGAGCUUUCGCAGAAUACUGAAAGAUCCCAGCGUUGCUUCGUCGUUUCUCCUAACAUGCGGGAGCCCGAGCUCAAGCUCACGAUAAUCUUCUCCUAGGUUCCCGUUCGAAAUAUCAUGGUUCGACUGACGGAUUAUUCAGCAAGCUUUCGAUUUCGAGCCGGCAAUCUACCAUCGCCACCGUAUAUUAAGGAACUCGGGGACGAAGGGAGAGAGCUAGUCAUAUCUACUCGGCAGCUUUGUGAAUACCUUGACGCGGCGGAGACCAUGGUGAGAGGCGUGGAAUUACUUGGCGAGCAUGCUCUUCCCCCAGAAAUCAAGAAGAGAAAAAGAUCGGAAACUCCUCCAGAAGAGAUCAACUCAAGCGAUGAAGCAAGAUACGUUGAGCAAGAAGAGAGGGCCGCGAAGCGUAUAGCGGAAAGCGAUAGUGAUUACGGGAUUACAUGA